AAGUGAAGAGCUUCAAAACGCCCCUUUGAGAUCGAUCAAAUCUCACUUUGUUUCUCUCGCCCUCUCUGUCAAUCUUUCAUCGGAAAUCGAUCUCAUCAUUUUCUGAGCUCUUUCAGUUUCAAAGAAGAUUCAAUGGCUACAGGCGAUGAAAGUUGUUCAAUUCAACUUAUUGAUGGAGAUGGUUCAUUCAAUGAUACUGGAAUCGAACAUUUUAUCAAGGAAGUAAAACUUCAUGAGUGUGGGCUGUCAUACGCUGUGGUUUCCAUCAUGGGACCGCAAAGUAGUGGUAAAAGCACACUGUUAAAUCAUUUGUUUUACACAAAUUUCAGGGAAAUGGAUGCAUUCAAGGGAAGGUCUCAAACCACUAAAGGUAUUUGGAUGGCAAAAUGUGCUGGUCUAGAGCCUUGCACUCUAGUCAUGGAUUUGGAGGGGACUGAUGGAAGAGAACGUGGGGAGGAUGACACAGCAUUUGAGAAACAAAGUGCACUUUUUGCGCUGGCAGUUUCAGAUAUAGUACUUAUAAACAUGUGGUGUCAUGACAUUGGUCGUGAGCAAGCUGCAAACAAGCCUCUUUUGAAGACUGUAUUCCAGAUGAUGAUGCGAUUGUUUAGUCCCCGCAAAACGACUUUGAUGUUUGUUAUCCGUGAUAAAACAAGGACACCAUUGGAAAAUUUAGAACCUGUUCUGAGAGAAGAUAUUCAGAAGAUAUGGGACUCUGUUCCUAAACCGCAGGCACAUAAAGAAACUCCAUUAAGUGAAUUUUUCAAUGUUGAGGUGGUUGCACUUUCUAGUUAUGAAGAAAAGGAGGAGCAAUUUAAAGAGCAGGUUUCUAAUUUGAGACAACGAUUCUUCCACUCUAUUGCACCGGGGGGGAUCGCUGGAGAUCGGAGGGGUGUAGUACCUGCUUCAGGGUUCUCUUUUAGUGCACAACAGAUCUGGAAAGUCAUUAAGGAGAAUAAAGACCUUGACCUUCCAGCCCAUAAGGUCAUGGUGGCUACGGUCCGCUGCGAAGAAAUUGCCAAUGAGAAGUUUGCUGCUUUUACUGCAAAUGAGAAUUGGUGUCUGUUAGAGGAAGCUGUACAGUCUGGUCCAGUUGCUGGAUUUGGGAAGAAGCUGAAUUCAAUUCUAUACGAGUCUCUAUCAGAGUAUGAUGCAGAGGCCACGUAUUUUGAUGAAGGCGUCCGAUCUGCAAAGCAAAAGCAGCUUGAAGAAAAGCUGCUACAACUUGUCCAACCAGCCCACCAAUCCAUGCUAGGGCAUUUGAGGUCUGGAACUCUUGAAAAAUUUAAGGAAGCAUUUGAGAAAGCUUUGAAUGGAGGGGAGAGGUUUUCUUUGGCUGCUUGCAACUGCACUGAAUCUUAUAUUUCUUUGUUUGAUGAAGGAUGUGCAGAUGCUGUUGUUGAGCUAGCAAAUUGGGAUUGCUCUAAAGUCAGGGAUAAGUUACGUCGUGAUGUUGAUGCACAUGUUGCAUCAGUCCGAGCUGCCAAACUUUCGGUGCUGACUUCAUCAUAUGAGGCGAAGCUGAAUGAGGCAAUUGCAGGACCCGUUGAAGCACUUUUAGAUGGAGCGAAUAAUGAUACAUGGCCCUCAAUAAAGAAACUUCUCCAGCGUGAAACUGAAUCAGCUGUUUCUGGACUCUCCAGUGCUCUUUCUGGUUUUGACAUAGAUGCAGAAACUAAGGAGAAGAUGCUGUCGAGUAUACAGGAUUAUGCAAGAGGUGUGGUUGAAGCAAAAGCAAGAGAAGAAGCUGGAAGGGUAUUGAUUCGUAUGAAGGACAGGUUUUCAACAUUGUUUAAUCACGAUUCUGAUUCAAUGCCACGGGUUUGGACUGGGAAGGAAGAUAUUCGAGCCAUCACUAGAACAGCUCGCUCUGCAUCCUUAAAGUUGCUAUCUGUUAUGGCUGCAAUCCGGUUGGAUGAUAAUGUUGAUGAUAUCGAGAAUACACUAACUUCUGCCUUGGUGGAUACAAAAAAUAAUGCUGCUGUUACUGACAGGAGCAUUACCACGUUUGAUCCGUUGGCCUCAAGCACGUGGGAGCAGGUUCCACCUGCCAAGACAUUGAUCACACCUGUUCAGUGCAAAUCUUUGUGGCGGCAAUUCAGGGCUGAGACAGAGUACAGUGUCACUCAGGCCAUAUCUGCUCAGGAAGCCAGCAAGCGUAACAACAACUGGAUGCCACCUCCAUGGGCAAUUGUUGCCUUAGUCGUAUUGGGAUUUAAUGAAUUCAUGACUCUUCUAAGAAAUCCUUUGUAUCUGGGUGUCAUCUUUGUGGGUUACCUUGUCAUGAAGGCUCUAUGGGUGCAGCUUGACAUUUCGGGUGAAUUCCGCCGUGGUGUUCUUCCUGGGCUUCUUUCAAUAUCUACCAAGUUCCUCCCCACCGUCAUGAACCUUCUCAGAAAGUUAGCGGAGCAGGGGCAAAGUCCGGCAACUAACUAUCCCCAGACAAACCCGGGUGCAGAGUCUAAGAGUUUCCAAAGUGGGAGCAGCAGCAUGGCAUCGAGUGCUUCAUCUGGAAUAACUGCACCAAGAAAUGAUAUCGAAUACUCCAGCUCCUCAAAAGAAGAAUGAGCAACUGAUCA